AUGGUAGCUCUUCCUUUUAAUGAGAAACAAAUGGAUUUGGGUUCAACAUUCGAGAUAGCACGACACCGAUAUUUUUCUCUGGAAAGGAGGCUAAAACGAGAUUCGAAUUUACGCGAUCAGUAUCAUUUGUUUAUGAAAAAUUAUGCAGAAUUAGAACACAUGGAGUUGAUUGCUGUUUUUAACAAAAGUGGAUACUACAUCCCAAAUCACCCUGUUUUGAAAGAAUCAAGCUUGACUACUAAGCUCCGAGAAGUAUAUGAUGGACCUACUAAACCACCCACGGGAUACGACCGGAAGAUCGAAUUUAUCAAAAAAUCUUUUGUCGAUCAUCAACCGUUAAGAACUUAUCAGCUGAACACCAUAACAUAUGGAACUGCGUCGGCACCUUUCUUAGCAACGCGUUGCUUGAAGCAAUUGGCGGAAGACGAAAGAGGGAACUUUCCAAAGGCAGGUGAUGCAAUACGCAAUGACAUCUAUGUUAAUGACCUAUUGACGGAGCAGAGACCAUUCAAGACGCCAUCAAACUUAGAGACCAGAUUAUGGAGAUCACGAAGAGAUUGA